GUUCAUUUACUGUUUACGAAAAUCAAUUGUCUUGCGUAAAGGAUAAUGAGGAUGGAUCAACCGUAAUUAUUACGGGUAAUUGUAAUGAUUUUAAUGGAUUGGAUUUAAAAUGGACUAAAUGUAGUUCUAUUCAAACAUGCAGGGCAGUUGAAAAUUUUUUAAAUCAUUUACAGUCGAUGAACAAAGCUUCUUAUACUGAAAAUGGAUGCAAAUAUAUGUACUAUUGGUUAUAUGUUGUCGUACUGGAUAGUAAGCCAAGCCAUUCCGUUACGAUUGAAUUGUAUAAGGAUCUGAUUAAUAGAUAUGAUAAUACAACCAUAUUUGAUAAAUGUAAAAAUCAAUGGAACGAAAAAAAAUUCGAAAAGCUCAUAAAAAUUCUUACAUUAUAUAAUAAUUUUAAUAAAGUUUAUCCUACACUUCAUGAAGGCAAAUGUGAGCGUGCUAAUGAGUGCGUUAGUACAUAUAUGGGUUACAUAGAAGAAUGUGCUAAUAGUGAUGACAAAGAUUUUGUAAUGAAUUAG